AUGCUCUCCCUCCUCCGCACCUCGCUCCGCACCCGCACCGCCUCGGCGCCGACCUGGGCGCGCUCGCUCGCGACCGUGGCCCCCAAGUCGCUCAACCCGUUCAACCCGGACCUCGAGGCGAGCCUCCACCUCAAGUCGGGCGAGUCGUUCGUCGGCCGCUCGUUCGGGUCGCCCAAGUCGCGCUUCGGCGAGGCCGUCUUCUCGACCUCGAUCACGUCCUACACCGAGUCGAUGACGGACCCGUCGUACCGGUCCCAGUUCCUCGUCUUCACGACCCCGCUCGUCGGCAACUACGGCGUCCCGGGCAACCUCGACCCGGCCAACCACGAGCCCAACGGCCCGCCCGUCAUGCUCGAGUCGAACGGCGUCCAGUGCGCCGGCGUCAUCGUCGCCGACGUCGCCGAGCGCUACUCGCACUACCAGGCCGUCGAGUCGCUCCACGAGUGGUGCGACCGCCACGGCGUGCCCGGCAUCACGGGCGUCGACACGCGCGCCAUCACGACGCUCCUGCGCACCAACGGCUCGACGCUCGCCCAGAUCGCCGUCGGCGACGGCCACCAGCAGCGCCCGCAUGACGCCGACUACUGGGACCCGGCCGUCGAGAACCUCGUCGACCAGGUGUCGACGCGCGAGGUGUACACGCUCAACCCGGACGGCGACGUCAAGAUUGCGCUCCUCGACUUUGGCGCCAAGGCCAACAUCCUGCGGUCGCUCACCCGUCGCGGCGCGUCCGUCACCGUCUUCCCGUGGAACUACGACUUCAACAAAGUGCGCGACCAGUUUGACGGCCUCUUCCUGUCGAACGGGCCGGGCGACCCCAAGCACUGCAUGGACGCGGCCGUCACGCUCCGCAAGACGAUCGACGAGUGGGACAAGCCCAUCUUUGGCAUCUGCAUGGGCCACCAGAUCAUCGGCCUCGCCGCCGGCCUCGACGCGUACCGCAUGCGCUUCGGCAACCGCGGCCACAACCAGCCCGUCCUCGCCCUCGCCUCGUCGGGCAACAUCAAGGCCGGCCGCGUCUACGUCACGUCGCAGAACCACCAGUACGCUCUCGAGCUCCAGGACCCGUUCCCUCGCGGUUACCAGCCCUUCUUCCUUAACGCCAACGACGCUUCGGUCGAGGGCGUCAUGUCGACCCCCGAGUCGGGCAAGCGCGUCUGGGGCGUCCAAUUCCACCCCGAGAGUGCCGGCGGCCCUCUCGACACGAUUCACAUGUUCUCCGACUUUGUCGCCGCGUGCCGCUCGACCGCCAAGAACGCCGCCGGUGUCGCGCUUCCCGAGGGCGGCAUGGCCAAGGCCUCGAUCAAGCUCACCGACUUUGAGGCGGGCCUGUAAGAGGAGGAGCCGCUUACAGAGCGUCGUCGUCGUCCUUUCCCUCUCCCCUUCCUGCCUUGUUGUCUUCCCUCCCCCUCGAGCGGGCUUAGCGCUCUCCCCUUCUUCUCUCCCUCUCGUCCCCUCCUCGCAAUGCUAGACUCGCCUUGACUCGCC